AUGGACAAAGGGGACCAGAAAUUAAAGAGCUCAUCAAAACAUUAUAGCAUUAAUGAAUCAAGCUCAAAUCCUACCUCUGGGGUGCUGAUGGUUGGCCCCAAUUUCAAAGUUGGCAAAAAGAUAGGGUGCGGCAAUUUCGGAGAGCUACGUUUAGGUAAAAAUUUAUAUAAUAAUGAGCAUGUUGCUAUUAAACUUGAACCAUUUAAAACUAAAGCACCUCAACUACACUUGGAGUACAGGUAUUACAAGUUACUUGGCAGUCAUGAGGGUAUUCCUGAAGUGUAUUAUUUCGGGCCGUGUAGUAAAUUCAAUGCUUUGGUUAUGGAGUUGUUGGGGCCUAGUCUUGAGGAUUUAUUUGACGUAUGUGACCGUAAGUUUACUUUAAAAACAGUGUUGAUGAUAGCCAUCCAGUUACUACAUAGGAUCGAGUAUGUACACAGUAGACAUCUGAUAUACAGGGACAUUAAACCUGAGAAUUUUUUAAUUGGACGUAGUGGUAGUAGGAGAGAAAAAGUGAUACAUAUUAUCGAUUUUGGGUUGGCAAAAGAGUAUAUUGAACCAGAGACUAAUAAGCAUAUUCCAUAUAGGGAACAUAAAUCUCUAACAGGUACUGCAAGAUAUAUGUCUAUAAACACCCAUUUAGGACGAGAGCAGUCUAGGAGAGAUGACCUAGAAGCCUUAGGUCACAUGUUUAUGUACUUUCUGAGGGGAUCUCUACCAUGGCAAGGACUUAAGGCUGAAACUUUAAAAGAGCGGUAUCAAAAAAUCGGUGACACCAAGAGAGAAACGUCCAUAGAAACUUUGUGUAAAGGCUACCCAGAAGAAAUGGCUACAUACUUACGAUACGUUAGAAGAUUGGAUUUCUUUGAAACACCAAAUUAUGAACAUUUACGAAAUAUAUUUACUAGUCUUUUUAAAUCUAAAGGAUAUGUUGAUGACGGUGACUUUGAUUGGUCUGGGAAAACUACAAAUCUUUCUGCUGGAUCUCUGCCUACAGCCACACAAGAGUUUGCUAUUUCGCCUAUACGAGACAAGCGAGCAGGUCUAUCUAAACCAGAAAAUUCCAAACAUAGCACAUUGGGUAAUUUGACACCCGCCGAACGUCCCGGCUCUGUACUUGUUAUAAAUUCCACCAAUGGUGAUUUACAUGCUGACAAUUCCAUGGCUCAUAGUAACACCCCCAUCACUCAACCCAAGGAAGUUGAAAUAGUUGAGGAGACCAAAUGUUGCGGCUUUUUCAAAAGGAAAAAGAAGAAGAAGGGCAUUUCUAGUGCGAGACAUGGAGGCAAAGGACCACACGCUGCUGGUUUACAUGGUCUCGAGCAAGGAGGUAAAGCUGGAGGAGGACAUGGAGGGCAAGCGGGAGGUUUACAAGGACGGGCGCACGGUGGUAAAGCAGGAGGGGGACAAGGAGGGCAAGCUGGUGGCUUACAAGGUCGUGCGCAUGGUGGUAAAGCAGGUGGAGGGCAAGGUGCACAACAUGGUGGUUUACAUGGUUUUGAACAAGGAGGCAAUGCAGGAGGGGGACAUGGUGGGCAACAUGGAGGUUUGCAAGGUUUUGCACAUGGCGGUAACGAAGGAGGGGGGCAAGGUGGACAGCAUGGAGGUUUGCAUGGUCUGGCACAAGGCGGUAAAGCCGGUGGAGGACAUGGCGGACAACAUGGAGGCUUACAUGGCUUUGCACAUGGUGGUAAAGCUGGAGGUGGACAUGGCGCACAACAUGGAGGUUUACAUGGUUUUGCACAUGGCGGUAGAGCUGGUGGGGGACAUGGUGGACAACAUGGUGGUUUACAGGGUUUAGCACACGGUGGUAAAGCAGGAGGAGGGCACGGCGGGCAACACGGAGGUUUGCAUGGCUUUGCGCAUGGCGGUAAAGCCGGUGGAGGACAUGGUGGACAACAUGGAGGUUUGCAUGGUUUUGCACACGGUGGUAAAGCCGGCGGAGGACAUGGUGGACAGCACGGAGGUUUACAUGGUUUUGCGCAUGGUGGCAAGGCUGGCGGAGGACACGGUGGGCAACAUGGAGGUUUGCAUGGUUUUGCACAUGGUGGUAAUGCAGAAGGAGGACAUGGUGGACAACAUGGAGGUUUACAUGGUUUUGCACAAGGUGGCAAUGCAGGUGGAGGACAUGGUGGGCAACAAGGAGGUUUACAUGGUUUCGCACAAGGUGGUAACGCUGGUGGAGGACACGGUGGACAGCAUGGAGGUUUGCAUGGUUUUGCACAUGGCGGUAGAGCCGAUGGGGGACAUGGUGGGCAACAAGGAGGUUUACAUGGUUUUGCACAAGGUGGUAAUGCAGGAGGAGGACAUGGUGGACAACAUGGAGGUUUACAUGGUUUCGCACAAGGUGGCAAUGCAGGUGGAGGACAUGGUGGGCAACAAGGAGGUUUACAUGGUUUUGCACAAGGUGGUAAUGCAGGAGGAGGACAUGGUGGACAACAUGGAGGUUUACAUGGUUUUGCACAAGGUGGUAAUGCAGGAGGAGGACAUGGUGGGCAACAAGGAGGUUUACAAGGUUUCGCACAGGGUGGUAAUGCAGGAGGAGGACAUGGUGGACAACAAGGCGGUUUGCAUGGUUUUGCACAAGGAGGCAAUGCAGGUGGAGGACAUGGUGGACAACAAGGUGGUUUGCAUGGUUUUGCACAAGGAGGCAAUGCAGGUGGAGGACAUGGUGAACAACAAGGAGGUUUACAUGGUUUUGCACAUGGCGGUAGAGCCGAUGGGGGACAUGGUGGGCAACAAGGAGGUUUACAUGGUUUUGCACAAGGUGGUAAUGCAGGAGGAGGACAUGGUGGACAACAUGGAGGUUUGCAUGGUUUUGCGCAUGGCGGUAAAGCUGGUGGGGGACAUGGUGGGCAACAAGGAGGUUUACAUGGUUUUGAACAAGGUGGUAAUGCAGGAGGAGGACAUGGUGGACAACAUGGAGGUUUACAUGGUUUCGCACAAGGUGGCAAUGCAGGUGGAGGACAUGGUGGACAACAGGGAGGUUUACAUGGUUUCGCACAUGGUGGUAAUGCAGGAGGAGGACAAGGAGGGCAACAAGGAGGUUUGCAUGGCUUUGCACAUGGAGGUAAAGCUGGUGGGGGACAUGGUGGACAACAUGGAGGUUUGCACGGUUUUGCACAGGGUGGUAAUGCAGGAGGAGGACAUGGUGGACAACAAGGAGGUUUACAUGGUUUCGCACAUGGUGGUAAUGCAGGAGGAGGACAAGGAGGGCAACAAGGAGGUUUGCAUGGCUUUGCACAUGGAGGUAAAGCGGGUGGGGGACAUGGUGGACAACAUGGAGGUUUGCAUGGUUUUGCACAUGGUGGUAAGGCAGGAGGAGGGCAAGGAGGACAACAAGGAGGUUUACAUGGUUUCGCACAAGGUGGUAAGGCAGGUGGAGGACAGGGUGGGCAACAUGGAGGUUUACAUGGUUUCGCACAAGGUGGUAAUGCAGGAGGAGGACAUGGUGGACAGCAUGGUGGCUUACAUGGUCGCGCACAUGGUGGUAACGCUGGUGGUGGACAAGGUGGACAUGGUGGUAAAGGACAAGGUAUAGGCCCUAUCGUUCCCAUCGGUAAAUUAGCGCAACCACAACAUGAUGGUGGUAGGCGAGUUGGGCAAGAUGAAACAGCAUAG